AUGGGUUUGCUCGAGUGCUGUGCCAGAUGUCUCAUUGGGGCACCCUUUGCUUCGCUGGUUGCCACUGGCUUGUGCUUCUUCGGGGUAGCGCUGUUUUGUGGCUGUGGGCACGAAGCUCUCACAGGCACCGAGCAGCUCAUUGAGACCUACUUCUCCAAAAACUACCAGGACUAUGAGUAUCUCAUCGACGUUGCUGGACCCCUGUGGCGGCGGCUGUGUCAGUGUUUGGGAAAGUGGCUAGGACAUCCUGACAAGUUUGUGGGCAUUACCUAUGUCCUGACCAUCAUCUGGCUCCUGGUCUUUGCCUGCUCCGCGGUGCCUGUCUACAUCUACUUUAACACUUGGACCACCUGCCAGUCCAUUGCCAACCCCAGCAAGACCUCGGCCAGCAUCGGCACCCUGUGUGCAGACGCCAGGAUGUACGGCGUCCUGCCCUGGAACGCUUUCCCUGGCAAGGUGUGCGGCUCCAACCUGCUCUCCAUCUGCAAGACCAGCGAGUUCCAGAUGACUUUCCACCUCUUCAUCGCAGCCUUUGUGGGGGCGGCCGCCACACUGGUCUCACUGCUCACCUUCAUGAUUGCUGCCACCUACAACUUUGCCGUCCUCAAGCUGAUGGGCCGAGGCACCAAGUUCUAGUUCGCACAGUGGAGCCCAGCCAGACCAAACACUCUUCUCUAACCCCGAGGCUUUAACACUGCAGCCACCUGACACCACGUCUCCUGCGUUAACUUUGCCUUCGCUGCUGACUCCCCUCCUCUUCCUCCCUUGUAUCCAUCGUGCUGAGCAUGACCAGGAAGGAGAGCUUCCCACCAAUGGACACCUCUUCAUGCACUUUUCUCUCUCUGCUCAUCUGUAAACAGUUCGCUCUAGGGCCAAGGCCAUCAAAACUAGCCAGAGAAGAAGAGGGACUUACUCCAGUGUCCCGAUGUUGCCUAGGGAUGAGCAAAAGCCUUCAUGUUCCUGGGAGGAGGAAAUCCGUGUAGGUUGCUCCAUGAGUAGCAAGAGGCUACCUAGAGAGAAAAGGA